AGCCCUCUGCAGUCCUCGAGUCUCUACUGUGAGGCAGCUUCAUUCAAAGUAAUCCGAUUCUUGGGUCGUUGCAUCUGCUCAGCUGAGGACGGUCAAGAAUCAUGGCACCUCCUCUUGCGUUCCGUCUGUCUCGUGGAAUCGAGGCCACCAGUCGACCACCGAUCCCGCAGGCCUUCGAAUGGGCACAGGCAUAUGUCGCAACGCCCGGGCGACCAUUGCUCAACAUGUCUCAAGGCGUACCAGGCAUCCCCCCGCCGAAAGAAGUGCUCGAUGCGCUAGCGGUUGCUUCGUCCGAUCCGAUCAGCUGCGGCUAUCUGCCCAACGAGGGAGAGCCUGCCCUUCGAAAGGCCUCCGUCGAGGAGAUGAAAUAUCGAUACGGCCAUGACAUUGAUGUCACUCCGGACGACAUUGCUAUCACGGCGGGAUGCAACCUGGCAUUUGUCUCAAUAGCCAUGGCACUUGCGGAUGCUGGCGAUGAGAUGAUCUUGCCGCUACCCUGGUAUUUCAAUCACGAGAUGACUCUUACAACUCUCAACAUCAAAACUGUGCUUCUACCCACUCGUCCAGAGGACGGUUUCAUGCCGUCUAUUGAGGUCUGUGAGGCCCUGAUCACCUCGAAGACCAAGGCGAUCGUGCUGGUUACACCAAACAACCCUACUGGUUGUGUAUACCCUGCUUCCCUCAUCGCAGACUUCGCGAAGCUCGCCCGCAAACAUAGCAUCGCUUUAGUGCUAGAUGAGACCUACCGUGACUUCGUCACCACCGGGCCUCCUCACGACCUCUUCAAGCCCUCCUCCAUUCCAGACUGGGAUUGGCGGUCGACUUUCAUCCACCUCUACUCCUUCUCCAAGGCAUACUGCAUCCCAGGCCACCGCCUCGGCCUUCUCUGCGCUUCCCCUGUAUUCAUCCCGCACGUCGACGCCGCGCUCGACUCCCUCCAAAUCUGCGCGCCUCGUCCCCCGCAAGUCGCUCUAGCCCCGCUGCUCCCGUCGCUCAGACCCUUCGUGAACGAAACCGCGCGCGCAGUUGAGCACCGCCACCAGCUCUUCCGCCAGGUGCUCCCCGCGCACUGGAAGAUCGGCAGCCAGGGCGGGUACUACGCGUUCGUGAAGCACCCGUUCAAGGCCGUGCACGCGAACACGGUGUGCAAGCGGCUCGCGCAGGAGCUCGGCGUUGUAGUUCUAUCUGCUGGGUUCUUCGGGCCGAGCCAGGAGCCCAGUCCGGGCGAGGAGCCGGAGAGGUGGAUACGAUUCUCGGUGGCAAACGUGGACGACGAGAAGGUGAAGCUCGUGUGCGAGCGAUUAGAGGAGAGCGAAGGGGUGUUUGGAUGGGAAGUUGAUGCUUGAUUUUGGUUUUGUUCUCGGAUUGCCGUGUAGGGUGCUGGGGUGAUGUGUAUCCAUAGAGUUCUAACAACGAUGGAACAAUAGAUGCUACUUGGAAUGAGCCUGAAAGGGUCCGCGCGGCACG